ACUCCCCCGGCCCAGCCAGACUGGCCCAGUCGCCCCCUGGGGCCCUUUGCCACUCCCUCGGGAAGGAGAGCCGAGACCUUAGUUCCCGGCGGCCCUCGCGGGGCACAGGUGAGCCCUGCCUGCGCACGCGGCCCCUCCUCCCCGGCGCCUUCCAGAUGGGCAGCAGGAGGCUCCGGAGGUGGCGCCCAGGUUCUGAACUGCCCUAGGUCUGCAGACUAGCGGACAUUGGCCAGAGACAUGGCCCAGCCCCUGGCCUUCAUCCUCGAUGUCCCUGAGACCCCAGGGGACCAGGGCCAGGACCCCAGCCCCUAUGAUGAAAGCGAAGUGCAUGACUCCUUCCAGCAGCUCAUCCAGGAGCAGAGCCAGUGCGAGGCCCAGGAGGGGCUGGAGCUGCAGCAGAGAGAGCGGGAGGCCACAGGAAGUGGCCAGCAGACACUCUGGCGGCCUGAGGGCACCCAGAGCGCGGCCACACUCCGCAUCCUGGCCAGCAUGCCCAGCCGCACCAUUGGCCGCAGCCGAGGUGCCAUCAUCUCCCAAUACUACAACCGCACGGUGCAGCUUCGGCGCAGGAGCAGCCGGCCCCUGCUUGGGAACUUUGUGCGCUCCGCCCGGCCCAGCCUCCGCCUGUACGACCUGGAGCUGGACCCCGUGGCCCGGGAGGAGGAGGAGAAGCAGAGCCUCCUGGUGAAGGAGCUCCAGAGCCUGGCGGUGGCACAGCGGGACCACAUGCUUCGAGGGAUGCCCUUAAGCCUGGCUGAGAAACGCAGCCUGCGAGAGAAGAGCAGGACCCUGAGGGGGAAGUGGAGGGGCCAGCCGGGCAGCGGCGGGGUCUGCUCCUGCUGUGGUCGGCUCAGAUAUGCCUGCGUGCUGGCCUUGCACAGCCUGGGGCUGGCGCUGCUCUCCGCCCUGCAGGCCCUGACGCCGUGGCGCUACGCCCUGAAGCGCAUCGGGGGCCAGUUCGGCUCCAGCGUGCUCUCCUACUUCCUCUUUCUCAAGACCCUGCUGGCUUUCAAUGCCCUCCUGCUGCUGCUGCUGGUGGCCUUCAUCAUGGGCCCGCAGGUCGCCUUCCCACCCACCCUGCCGGGCCCUGCCCCCGUCUGCACAGGCCUGGAGCUCCUCACAGGCGCGGGUUGCUUCACCCACACCGUCAUGUACUACGGCCACUACAGUAAUGCCACGCUGAACCAGCCGUGUGGCAGCCCCCUGGAUGGCAGCCAGUGCACACCCAGGGCGGGCGGCCUGCCCUACAACAUGCCCCUGGCCUACCUCUCCACUGUGGGCAUGAGCUUCUUUAUCACCUGCAUCACCCUGGUGUACAGCAUGGCUCACUCUUUCGGGGAGAGCUACCGGGUGGGCAGCACCUCUGGCAUCCACGCCCUCACCGUCUUCUGCUCCUGGGACUAUAAGGUGACGCAGAAGCGGGCCUCCCGCCUCCAGCAGGACAAUAUUCGCACCCGGCUGAAGGAGCUGCUGGCCGAGUGGCAGCUGCGGCAGAGCCCCAGGAGCGUGUGCGGGAGGCUGCGGCAGGCGGCUGUGCUGGGGCUUGUGUGGCUGCUGUGUCUGGGGACCGCGCUGGGCUGCGCUGUGGCCAUCCACGUCUUCUCGGAGUUCAUGAUCCAGAGUCCAGAGGCUGCUGGCCAGGAGGCUGCGCUGCUGGUCCUGCCCCUGGUGGUUGGCCUCCUCAACCUGGGGGCCCCCUACCUGUGCCGUGUCCUGGCCGCCCUGGAGCCGCAUGACUCCCCGGUACUGGAGGUGUACGUGGCCAUCUGCAGGAACCUCAUCCUCAAGCUGGCCAUCCUGGGGACGCUGUGCUACCACUGGCUGGGCCGCAGGGUGGGCGUCCUGCAGGGCCAGUGCUGGGAGGACUUCGUGGGCCAGGAGCUGUACCGGUUCCUGGUGAUGGACUUCAUCCUCAUGUUGCUGGACACGCUUUUUGGGGAACUGGUGUGGAGGAUUAUCUCUGAGAAGAAGCUGAAGAGGAGGCGGAAGCCGGAGUUUGACAUUGCCCGGAACGUCCUGGAGCUGAUUUAUGGGCAGACUCUGACCUGGCUGGGGGUGCUCUUCUCGCCCCUCCUCCCUGCCGUGCAGAUCAUCAAGCUGCUGCUCGUCUUCUAUAUCAAGAAGACCAGCCUUCUGGCCAACUGCCAGGCACCGCGCCGGCCCUGGCUGGCCUCACACAUGAGCACCGUCUUCCUCACGCUGCUCUGCUUCCCCGCCUUCCUGGGCACCGCUGUCUUCCUCUGCUACGCCGUCUGGCAGGUGAAGCCCUCAAGCACCUGCGGCCCCUUCCGGACCCUGGACACCAUGUACGAGGCCGGCAGGGUGUGGGUGCGCCACCUGGAGGCGGCAGGCCCCAGGGUCUCCUGGCUGCCCUGGGUGCACCGGUACCUCGUGGAAAACACCUUCUUUGUCUUCCUGGUGUCAGCCCUGCUGCUGGCCGUGAUCUACCUCAACAUCCAGGUGGUGCGGGGCCAGCGGAAGGUCAUCUGCCUGCUCAAGGAGCAGAUCAGCAAUGAGGGGGAGGACAAAAUCUUCUUAAUCAACAAGCUUCACUCCAUCUACGAGAGGAAGGAGAGGGAGGAAAGGAGCAGCAGGGUUGGGACAACCGAGGAGGCUGCUCACAGAUGAACGGGAUGCCUGGGGGACGGCGAUGGGCCUCACGGGCCCACCCAGCACCCUGAGACCACACUGGUGCCUCCCAGUGACCCUGCUGGGACACCAGGACAAGGAAGACACUUUCACCUCUCAAAAGCCGCAGCUGCGCCUAGGCUGGAGCUGGAAGGGUGGGUGAAUCCGGCUUGGGCAUCCCCAGUGAACUCUGCCCUGCCUGGGACUCUAUUUAUUCUGAUUAAAGGGGUUUUGCAGAUGGGCUUGUCCCUUGGGGCUCUGUGCCUGUGACCGGAGCCUGUGCCUGAGCACCAGACCCAGGGCCUGCUUCCCGCUGCCCUGGGGCCACCUCCAGGCGCAGGUCUGGGUCCUGGGAACCUCAGCUGGAGUGGGGACGCCCUCUGCUGGCCAAGCCCCAGAUGGCAGGGGCUGGACCGCGCCAGGGCUUGAUCCGCUCGCUGCCUUUGACCAGCCUGAACCCGCGCCCAGGAGGGGCUUACACCUGCACAAGUGAGCCGAGCAGGCGUGGAUUGUGACCAGAGCGAUGCGUCAACCAUUGGGUGGAUACUGUAGCAUCUACUGGAGCAGGAGGCAAAUUUAGAGAGGGACUUGGAGGGGAGACAUCAGUUGCAAAUGAGUUGUGGGGACAGUUGCCUCCCAGGCAUAGGUAACCAGCACCUAGGUUUGGAGGCGAACAGGGCUUGGUGAGGCGGGGCUGGCCCCCUGCUUCUGGCUGCCAGUAGCUGGCUGGGGGGUGGUGAUCCUGGGUCUGACUGGGCUGAGUUUGAGGAGCCCGUGGGAUACUGAAAACCGUAGGCUGUAGGAGGUGGGCACAGGGAUACAGGGACCAGCCCGUCAUGACCCCAGUGCUCCAGGCUUGCAGGGACCAGCCCGUCACGGCCCAGGGCUCCAGGCCUGCAGGAGCUGUGCUUGGGAUUGGGGGAUUUAACCCGGGUGGGGAAAUGGUCAAAGAGCGAUGGGCCCAGAAAAGGGUCAGACCCAGGUGGAGAUGCCACUGGCUGCUAGCAGACCCCCUCGCUGGGUCUAGCCCACCCAAUCCCAUGGGGAUGCUCCUAUGCUCUGCAGACAUCCGGGUGCUGCCACCGGGGCCCGACAGAGUUGGCAUCUGGAUGGAUCUGAGCCAGGUGGUGCUUCUGGGCCUCAGCAAGUAGCUGGUGCUGAUUCUGGGCAGCCAACUGUGGCAGCAUCUUCAGGUGCGAGCGCUGCUGGGUGAAGCUGCGUGGGCAGUCCAGAAAAUGACUGACAGUCCACAGGGACAGACCUAGGGUUUCCGGCCCCUAUCUGUGCAGACGCUGUCCUCCAAACCAUCACAGUCCCUCUCUGGCUGGGGACGUAUGCCUGCCACUGCUGGCUGGACAGCAUGAUCAUUGGCUAUGACCUGUUGAGCCCAUCUUGCCAGCCUCACAAAGGACAGUACCAGCUGCUUAUGACAGGAAAGUGGAAGAACUUGGCCUGGACAUUUCUGGAGAAUUACCGUGUGUGCUCGUCGGUCUUUUGUGUCAACCAGGCCAGGCUGUGGGGCCCCGUGAUCUCAUCAAGAGGAGCCAAGGUGUUGCUGUGAUCAUAUGCUGCUGGAAUGUGGUGAACACCUACAGUCGAUUUCACCUAAAGAUCUUCCUUGAGAAUGUGGGUGGGCCUCAUCCUAUCAGCUGAGAGCUUUAAGAGCAAAACCUGAGGUUUCCCAGAGAGGGAAUUCUGCCUUGAGACGGUGGCUUCCACUCCCACUGGAUGUCCAGCCUGUGGCCCCAUGGCUGGGUGAGCCCGUCCUCUCCUCGUUUCUAUCUCCUAUUGGUUCUGUCUCUGGACCCACUGUGUGGCCCCAGACCCUCCAGCGAGGACCUCUUCAGAGCAGCCCUUGUGUACUGGAGGCCUGGGCUUCAGCGUGUCCCUGGGUGCCCUGGGGCGUGUUCUGUGACCUCCCAGCUCCUUGCCUCCUGGGGCCGUUGUAUCAAGUGACAGUUUGUGUGCUGCACACCAUGCCUGGCACCCAUUCGAGAUGUCGCAAGGAAGCCAUGUUUGCCCGAUGAGAGCAGCCUAAGAUCUGCAAACUGUUGUUCGAGUGAAUGGGAACUUGAUGCUAUUUCAGGCUGAAUGACAAGACUCCGCGAUGCCGCUGCUUCUCGGCCUGGGCUGCACAACGGAAUGUACCAGGGGGUUUUAAAGACGUUGGUACUUGCUGGAGGUGGUGGCGCGUGUCUAAUUGCAGGUGCUCCAGAGGCUGAGGCGGAGGAUUGCUUGAGCCCAAGAGUUUCGGUUUGCUUUUUGAGAGAGUCUUGCUCUGUUGCCCAGGCUGGAGUAAAGUUCCAUGAUCUUCGCCCACUGCUUCAGCCUCCCAGGUAGCUGGGAUUACAGGUGCAUGCAACCACGCCUGGCUGAUCUUUGUAUUUUUAGUAGAGAUGGGGUUUCACCGUGAUGGUCAGGCUGGUCUGGAUCUCCUGACCUCAAGUGAUCUGCCCGCCUCGGCCUCCCAAAGUGCUGGGAUUACAGACAUGAACCACCACACCUGCCGAGCCCAGGUGUUUUGAAUCCAGCAUGGGCAACAGCAAGACGCUGUCUCAAAAACAAACAAACACUGGUGCCUGAGGCCCACCCCGAGAUUCUGAUUGAGUUGAUUUGGAUGUGAAUUUUUUUUUUUCCUUUUUUUGGGAUGGAGUUUCACUCUUGUUCCCCAGGCUGGAGUGCAACGGGACGAUCUUGGCUCACCACAACCUCCGCCUACUGGGUUCAAGCGAUUCUCCUGCCUCAGCUUCCCAAGUAGCUGGGAUUACAGGCAUGUGCUACCACGCCCAGCUGAUUUUGUAUUUUUAGUAGAGACAGGGUUUCUCCAUGUUGGUCAGGCUGGUCUUGAACUCCUGACUUCAGGUGAUCCGCCCGCCUCAGACUCCCAAAGUGCUGGGAUUAUAGGUGUGAGCCACCAUGCCCGGCCGGAUGUGAAUUAUCUUAAAAAUUUUCAGAUAGUUCUAAUGGGCCAAGGUUGAGAACCCCUGCUCUGGGCCCAUCCAAGCACCAGGCUGUCACAAACGCACAUGCACUCACACCCGUGGGCUUGGGGGGCUUCGGAAAUGUGCUUCUGCUUUUUUGAGAUGGGGUCUUUCUGUUGCCCAUCCUGGAGUGCAGUGGCACGAUCACAGCUCACUGCAGCCUUGACCUCCUGGUCUCAGGUGAUCCUCCUGCUUCAGUCUCCCGAGUCUGCUUCUGGUUUUCAUGAUGACCUGGGGCCCAGGCAUACUAUGCUUGCGCUGUUUGGGGGCCAGUCCUGCACUAGGAGCCCAUCAGCCACAACUCCGCCGAGAAGCACUGAUGUGCAGAGCUAUGCAGCUUUGUUUCCACGUGGAUCCUGCGUAGGUUCUCUUGGUCCAUCUGUAGACACCGCACUCCCGCAGAGGAUCUUCUCGGGAUGCCCCACUGUCUCCGUUUUCCCUCUUCUCUGAACACUCAGUUGGGGCUCGCCAUGAUGCCUCUGUGUCUGCUGGCUUCUCCCCCAUUGGAACAGCCUUCUUGGCAUGCCAGACUGCUAGCCAUUGGGCACCCUGCUUUCUGCCUUUACCGUUCUGCCGUGAUGUUGCCAAAAUAGUAACAAAAAAAAAAAAAAAAUGAGGCUGGGCACAGUAGCUCAUGCCUGUAUUCCUAGCAGUUUGAGACCAGCCUGGGCAACAUGGUGAGACCCCAUCUCUAUAAAAAUAAAAAAUGAAAUGAGCUGGGUGGGGUGGCGCAUGCACGCCUGUGGUCCCAGCUGCUUGGGAGGCUGAGGUGGGAAGAUCGCUUGAGCUCAAUCUUGAGGUCAAGAUUGCGGUGAGCUGAGAUUACAUCACUGCACUCCAGCCUGGGAGACAGAGACCCUGUAUUAACAAACACACAAACCACAAAGGGCAGGUCUGAACCUGUCGUUUAAAAAAAAUUUUAAUAAACUUAAAAAAAAA